AAACCAGAUGUUCUUCUUCGGUUUCUCUUUCACUUCCAAACCGUCAAACUAGGCCAGACCCCUAGCUGGCUGGCUGGCUGGCGGACCGGAUUAAGAUGCACCGAUGUCCGAUCAUUCUAACAACCCCCCCGAGGGGACCGGUUUCACCCCUUCCAUGUGAUAACGAUUCAAAUGAGCAACAGCAUCGCGAAAAGGUGACAAAAGGAUGACCGCACCACAUUCGGCCGGGUUCUGGUUCUUGGUCGAAACUGAAAAUGACCUGAUUUGCAUGGGGGACAUUUGCGAUGCGGUCACAGGCCGCCCGCGCAGGUAUAAAAGCUCCGACCCCCAAGCCAUCAGCAGUCAGUCAGAGUGUUGUGCGCGAAUUUGCCAAAACGCCGAGGAUCACAACAAGUCUCCAUAGCCUCCCGGCAGCCUAGCAGGAACGGAAGGAUACCAGAAUCAUCAGAAUGAAGACUACGUCGGUGUGCCUGCUUGUUGCGGUGUUUGUUGUGGCCGCCGUUGCCAUCCCGGUGCCGGAUAAGAACGCCGAGACGCUCCGAUACGACAACGAUGUCAACGUGGACAGCUACAACUAUCAGUACGAGACGAGCAACGGAAUUUCGGCCCAGGAAGCGGGAGAAUUGAAGGCAACCGGUGGUGAAGCGUCGGCCCUUUCGGUCCGUGGUACCUUCAGCUUUACCGCCGACGAUGGCCAGGUGUACACCGUCAACUAUAUCGCCGACGAGAAUGGUUUCCGCCCGGAAGGAGAUCAUCUUCCGAAGGAAUAGAAAGGGCCACUAGAACCAUCCUUCAGCUGGCUAAACUGUAAAUAAAUGUAACG